AGAAGAAAAGUAUGCGCCAAACAGCUGCGCAGUUGUCUUCGUUGGAGAGCAAUGGAUGCCAAUGUUUUGGUAGAGUCAAGAGAUUAACAAGAACGUUUUCUUAAUAUACGCGUUUUGUGCAAUUAGACAACAACCGAGCGGACGUAGUUGAUAAUUAGAAGAUGCUUUUUUAUGCAUCGUAUUUGGAAGGAUAUUUUCACGGACCAGUGCUAGGUCAGUGGUUCGUGUCUUUCUUGCAGCGGCCUAGCAAGUCUUUAAAUCUGAAGUAGGUGUGUGUGACUGUAACGUCGUGUUCUGUCUGUAACCAGGACUAGCUACAAACAAUUGCCUGUUUGCAUGAAUAUCAAGCUAGUCAUCUGGAAAGCUAGGUAGCAGUCGUAAAAUUAUAUACGCAUCAGUCCAUGUCCACGACGUGUGGAUUUUUAACCUUAGCACAACGAUGAGUCUGGUCGCGUACGGCAGCAGUGAUGAGAGUGACUCGGAGGAAACGUCCACACACGUCCCAGAGAGCACACGGGGCACCGGUGGACUCUUCUCACGCCUUCCGGCUCCCAAGAAGACAAUACAGAUAAGACAGGAGGAAGUUCCGGGUAAACAAGUGGCAGGGAGUCGAACCGAUGACGCUCAGAACUUUAGAGGGGACCUGUUUUCUUCUUUGCCCAAGCCCAAGAAGCGAACUGAGCCGGUGAAGAUCACGGCACCUCAAAUCCACAGACGAGACUCAGACUCAGAUGACGAUGAACCUGCAAAAAAGAAAGUGCAACCUAAGGAUGGAGGUUCGGGUCUGGCCUCUCUGCUUCCAAAACCUAAAAAUCUGACAGUGAAGGAGAUGGAUCGAAUUCUGAUUCCUCAUACACUGACAAAGCGCCCAGAGGCCAAGGCUGUCAAGUCCUCGACUCCUGCCACAAGCUCCCUUGCAUCUCCCUCUGCCAUCAAAGCAGCAGCGAAGUCUGCGGCUCUGCAGUUGGCCAGACAAAUUGCUGCUGAUGACCAAGAGGAGGACAUCACUCCUCAGAAUUACUUCUCGUUUGGUGAGACAGAGCGAGUAGUUCCUAGUGUUGAGCCUGAGCCAGCAGCCCCCGCAGAGUCUUUUGUGAUGCCUACCGUGAACCAGCCUGGUCAGUCAGAUGCUCCACUGGACUUUGGAGGAGGUCAGGAGGCAGCUGGGGCGUGGGGAGGCCAAUAUGCAACAUAUCAGUCGGCCGGUGCAGAUCCAGAGUCUUUCGCCCAGCAGGGCUACUACAAUGAGCAGUAUUACGAGGCUGCAAACGCAGGAGGGUCAGAAGAGGUAGAAGAGCCUGGUCAGGCUGAAAUGUUUGACGAUGAAGCGUUCAUGAGAAUGCAGGGCAAACGAAACCGGGGGAAAGAGGAGAUCAAGUUCUUAGAAAUCAAGGGCGAUGACCAGCUGAGUGGGACAAAGCAAUGGCUGACCAAGAACUUGACAGAAGAGACGCAGCAGUCGUACAGCAAGAAAAGAGGAGGACAACCAACAGGACAGCAGAGACGCAAACAUCAGAUCACAUAUCUCAUUCACCAGGCCAAGGAGCGUGAGCUGGAGCUGAAGAACACCUGGGCAGAAAACAAGCUGACCCGCCGACAGACACAGGCCAAGUACGGGUUCUAGCGGCGGCUUGAUCAGAAUUUAAAGUAGAUAUUCCCUGACAUUUAGAUUUUGGAAGAGUGCCGUUGACAUUUCCAACUAAGUUACUUCCUUCUUUCUCACUCUCAUAUACCUGGAGUGACUUGUGUUUGAGGACUGUAAGACCCUUCAUUAGGAUACCAACCUUUGUUUAUGUAUCAAAUGUUGAUGUGACUUUUCCUGGAAUGUUGUAAAAAUAAAA